AUGGCUUCAUCGGGUCGAAAUACAGGCGCCUCGGCCCGCAAUGAAAGCCAAUAUUCAGCUGCAACUCGAGGCAGACGCCCGAAUGGUAAUGCCAUCAUCGAAAACCCUCUAGUCCAUCUCACGGACGAAGAAUUGCAAAGGGAUGUCCGAUCCUUUGUCGACAACCAUCUGCCAUCCGUCAAAUACGAGAACCUUUUACGUGCCGCUCGAGUCGCAAAGGACAUUCGUAUAUACGAUGAGUUGACAAGGGAUGAGAAACGUGCUUUGGUUCGAGAAAGAGACGUUCCUUUCAGUGAGAAAGGCAUGUGGAUUGUUAUCCUCACAGUUUCCAUUGCCGCCCUACUACAAGGAUUUGUUCAAUCGUCUUUUAACGGCGCUUCUCUGUAUAAAGAAGAAUGGGGCCUCCACGAACACAUCAAACCCUCCAGUUCGGAUAAUUGGAAGUUUGGGGCUACCAAUGCCGUCCCAUUCUUUGUUGCCGCAUUAGUUGGAUGCCCUCUCUCGCUGCCAAUUAAUUAUUGGUUUGGCAGACGCGGAGGCAUCUGCGUCGCUGCAUUCCUCAUUUUGGCAGGUUCUAUUGGUGCAGCUUUCGCAAAGACCUGGUACCAGCUAUUCGGAAUCCGGAUUAUCAAUGGCAUCGGAAUGGGAAUCAAGGCCGUCAGUACGCCAAUUCUUGCUGGAGAAACUGCUGUUGGAUUCUGGCGUGGAUCUGCCAUUCUAGCCUGGCAAUUAUGGGUCGCAUUUGGUAUCAUGCUCGGCUUUGCUUUCAACCUCAUCUUCACAAGAGCUCAGUCGAACGAGACGACACUAGCACUCAUCAACGCAUCGCCCACGGUGCCGAGUUUAGUACUCUUCAUUAUCGCCAUGUUUUUCUGCCCAGAGUCCCCUCGUUUUCAUCUGAUAAAGGGACCCAACUAUGACGUUCAAAAGGCAUAUACGUGCAUGAGGAGGAUACGAAAUACAGAGCUCCAAGCAUUACGAGACAUAUAUCUUGUGUAUAAAUCGCUCGAGCAACAAGCUAUGGGAUUGGACUUCUUGAGACAAUUCACGCAGCUAUUCCAACAGAGGCGCCUGUACAAUGCUCUCAUCUCUACUUCGACAGUCAAUCUAGCCCAGCAACUCUGUGGAAUCAAUGUUCUGGCCUUUUAUUCAGGAACCCUCUUCGCCGGGGCCAGUAGCAAAGAUGAACAACACUCGAAAAUUAUCCCAAUGGCAUACAGUCUAGGCUUUGGGGCAAUCAAUUUUCUGUGUGGCCUGCCUGCUGUGAGAAGUAUUGAUACGCUUGGUCGUCGAAAGUGGCUUUUAGGAACAUUGCCUUUCACGGCCUUGUUCAUGCUCGCUGCUGCUUUAUCGUGCACUAUUUCGACUGAGAGUAUCAGAAUAGGGGUUGCUGCCUUCUUCUUAUAUGUCUUUGCCGCUGUAUAUUCUCCAGGUCUGGGCCCGAUCCCGUUUACCCUUGCUUCAGAAAGCUUCCCUCUAUCUCAUAGAGAAGCGGGGGCUUCUUGGGCGAUUGCAAUCAACUUGGGCUUUGCCGGCAUUUUAUCUAUCGUCUACCCCAGUGUGAAUGCGGGACUCAAAGCAAUCGGAGCCUUGGGCCUCUUCUCUGGUCUCAAUAUCGUCGCUUUAGUCAUGGUCUUCUUACUGGUAGAAGAGACAAAGCGUCGCACUCUUGAGGAGUUGGACCACAUCUUUGCAGUUUCCAAAAGAAAGUUUAUGCGUUUCCAGGUAUUCGAAUAUCUGCCCUGGCUUAUCCAACGAUACAUUCUCGUAAGCCCAAAGCCCAGACCAGAGCUCUAUGAGGAUUUGAUAUGGGGUCCGAUGGAAGGCGAAGAUCUGGCGCCGUUUCGAGCUGCUCAUUUAUUAGGGUGUGAUACUCAGCUAUCAAUUCCAAUUCCCGAGCCAGUAGAAUUGGGUCAAAGUCAAGGCCGAGUGAGUGAUUUUUCUCGGGAAGAGUUACAGUUUGGAGUAUACCAGCCAAGAGCGAGUCAGUCGGCAACAGAUCAGAGUUAUGCUCAGGGUAUGCAGGCAACGAACAAUGAAGGACCGGUGGGUAUUGGUUAUUGA